AUGUCAUGGGCUAAGAAUGGCUUGCUCGUAUCUGUUUCUGAUGACAUGUACGAUGUUUGGGGCUCUGAAGAAGACCAGACAAGGCUUGUCGAACUCAUGGAGAAGUAUAUGUGGGACGUAGACAUCGAGAAGGAAAAUUGUUCGGAGCCAGUUAAAAUAUUAUUCUUAGCACUGAAAGGAACAAUUUGUGAGAUAGCAGACCAAGCCCUUAAGAUUCAAGGACGAAGCGUGCUGAACCACCUGAUUCAGAUUGAAGCUCAGUGGAGGAGAAACAAUUACGUGCCAAGCUAUGAGGAAUAUGUGCCGGUGGCACUAAUAUCAUUCGCCUUGGGACCAAUUCUCCUCCCAGGUCUGUAUCUGGUAGGACCUGAGCUUCCACAGGAAAGCAUUGAAAGUGACGAAUACAAUCGCUUAUUUGACGUGGUUAGCAUUUAUGGACGACUGCUCAACGAUAUCAACGGCUACAAGAGGGAAAUGGAGCAAGGAAAACUGAACGCGAUAGCAGUGAGAAAAGAGGGAAGCAUAAUACCGAGCCCAGUGAAGGAUGUGAUAUGGAAAAUGGCUAGAUCGUUGUACGUCACCUACAAGAAAGAAGAUGUCAUCCAUGCACGUGACUUGUCGGACGAGGUCAUCAGUGUCAAAGAUGCCGUUUCCGCGUUUCUCUCCCUCGUCACCGACUGUCCUUCCACCGUCAUUAGUCACCGGCCAUCCUUCCUCCUGUCAGCGCCGAUCAUCUUCUGUGGUGUGGUUGUCAUCGGAUCUUCACCUUGGUCUGCUGCCUUGUUUCCUUUCUGA